CUGCUGACGGAGCGGGAGCACAGAGGGGGAGAGAGAGAGUUAGGAAGUGAGGCGGUCUGUCUAGUAGAGAGUUUGAUAGACGACGGGAACGAUCCUUCCUCUGUUGAAGCUGCUCAGGAGAAAGAAGAGGAAAGUCAAAGUGAACCUCAGAUCAGGGAGCUACAAGGCCAACAGGCUCAUCAAAACACAGAGCUGCACAGAAAAGGUUCCGGCUCAGGAAUGGUGUUAGUGCUGGACCACCUGGUCAAGGAUGACAGCUCUGGACCUCUGCUGCUCCAGCCUCAGAGAGACCAAGUGGUCGCGGAGCCAGACCACGUCCUACCUCACCGUCAGAGGUCUGACUCUUCCACCUCAGACAAAAGUCUGACGUCAGCGCUACCCAGGUGCACGCUGGACUCUGUGGACUCAGCCUACAGGGUCCGGCACGACUCCGGUGCCUCAGACAAGAGCCAGGGUUCCUUCCAGCGGAGCCGGCUGAACUCUGGAGCAUCUGAGCGUAGUUCAGGCUCGCCUGCUAACACCAGGAACAGACUGGGCUCAGAUGUCUCGGAUUCUGGUGUCUCAGACAGCGUUGGCCUUUUGUCGAGAAAGCGGGCCGACUCAGCCGCAUCUGACCACAGCGCAAGAAUGUCCUCCGAAGACGACAUGAAGGUCAACACGGGCGGCUCAACCUGCAGCACUGAUUCAGAAGCAGAUACUCAGUCCAGCGCAGACCAUGUGCAGGGCCUCAAACGGUCUGAAGGGGGUCUGAUCGACAGCACUUCACAAGGGAAGAGAGAUUUGGUGAAGCAGAAGAUCCUCGCACACCGUGAUCCUAUCAAAGUGAAGCCUGCUGAGAAUGAGAAGAAAGAUGUUGUACUGGACCGGUUCAACCGCACUAACUCGGUGCGGGAUCGUAUGCGAAAGUUCACAGAGCCUAUUCAGAGUCCUGCUCCAAAGAGUGGUCCUGUGAGGAACGGCAACAGUGGCAGCUCAGGCAGUCUCUCCAGAUCUAUUGAGCGCUUCAACCACUCUGCUGCAGCAUCUAGAGAGUGGCCGGCAAGGCCAAACGCGGACUCCCGCACUGCCUCCAGCAUCUCUAAAAGUCAGCUUGGAGGAGGGGUUAGCAAACCUCUGUCCUCACUCAGCCACUCUCAAGAGUCUCUGGGCGGGACGAGGAAUCCCACUGAAAAGGAUGAGCAUGCCUUUACACGCUCAAAGAAAGCAGAGACCCCAGGGACAGAAGCUGCUCAGCAGGUCACCCCGGGAGAGGCAGACCCAGACAUGAAGACCUUCCUCACCAUUGAGAUCAAGGAUGGACGCUCCACCACCUCCUCGACUUCAUCCCCCAUGGGCACCAUUAUCCCCAUCACCAACAUGACCCCGCGCAUCACCACCAAUGCCCUUGGGCAGAAAGCCGAGCUGACUCUUGGUCUCAGAGCGACACCAUUCAAGAUCUCUACAUCCGGAUCCUCCGUCAAGAUGGAGACCGAUCCAGUCGUGGCUCCCGAGUUCUCAUCUGGACCGCCCAUCCAGGUGCAGUGUCAAGUCCCCACUAUUCCAAAUGGCUCCACCACACUCAACAAAGCUGAGAACAUGUCUGGAACCCUGACUGCUGAACAGUUGGCUGCCAUCGAGGAUGAAGAGCUACUUGACAAAAUGCUGGAUGACUCUAAGGACUUUGAGGAGAGGAAGAUGAUCCGCGCUGCCAUGAGAGACCUGCGCAAGAAAAAGAGAGAGGCCAAGCUAGGCUGUACCCAAGAGGAACUAGACCAGAGAGAGAAGGAGCGGGAAACCCGUCUGCAGGAGCUUCGGCAGCAGAGAGAAGAGCGAUCGCAGAAAGGUCGCGCCGGAGUGGGAAGUGGAGAGGUGGUGAUGAGGAAGGUGGAGAAGUCCAGCGAUGGAUCAACCCUCAGCCAAGUCACCAAGACGAACCGCUUCGCCCAGUCCGAUGAUGGGAGCAGGUCGACACGCAGCACAGUGGUGGAGGCCAGUUAUGUCCAGAAAACAGACAGAGGCACCGUCCAGUCAAAAUCCUACAGCUAUUCCUCCUCCACCUCUUCUUCCUCCUCCACUUCUAACAUGGGCAAAAAAGUUGGCAGCGUGUUCGACCGAGAGGACGACACCUCCCCUCGCAGCGGGGGGCUGGCUGCUGUGGAGCGGCGGCAAGCCGAGCGACGCAAGGAGCUGAUGAGAGCGCAGACGUUGCCCAAAACGUCUGCCAUGCAGGCGAGGAAGGCCAUGAUGGAGAAGCUGGAGAAAGAGGGCGGCGGUCCUGGAAAUCAGGCGGUCUCCAAAAUAAACAGAGUCCAGCGUUCCACCAGCUUUGGCGUUCCCAACGCAAACUCCAUCAAGCAGAUGCUGCUGGACUGGUGUCGGGCAAAGACCCGCUCGUACGAGCACGUGGAUAUCCAGAACUUCUCCUCCAGUUGGAGCAAUGGGAUGGCUUUCUGUGCGCUGGUGCACAAUUUCUUCCCAGAAGCCUUCGACUACAGCUCCCUGAGCCCCAGUAACCGCCGGCAAAACUUCGAGGUGGCCUUCAGCGCCGCAGAGAAAUACGCCAACUGCAUGCCUCUGCUGGAAGUGGAGGACAUGAUGAUCAUGGGCAACAAGCCUGAUUCCAAGUGUGUCUUCACCUAUGUCCAGUCUCUGGUCAACCACCUGCGCAGGCACGAGAUGCUGAUGGGCCGACCGUCCGACCUCUGCCUCCAGUGACCUCUCCGUGUUCCCCUGCCCCGUCACCCGCUUCACACGACGGCUCACUGACGUCUGAUGGACAAGUUGUGUGUCAACGUUUGCUUUUGGACACGCCCAUCCCACAGGUCACCAGCAGAGGGCGGCGCAGGUUUUAAAGCUUUAUAUUUGUCAUUUUUAAACGCGUCACGUCCAGACGCCACACGAGACAACAAAUGUUUUGAAAACACAUUUGAACGUAUUUUAUCUGUUUUUUAAUUUUCUAACUGAAGCUGAUUCCUGUUUCACUGAAGAACUUCAUCUUCAGCUUUGUUCCAACGCCUGAUUUCCAUUUUGGUACU